AUGGACCAGCCAGGUCCAUCCAGUGCAAACCAUGACCCGCGAUUUGAUUUCAUUGGGUCUUAUGUUGUAAAAUCAUUAAAAUUAAAACCAGAGAAAUGGAUGCGAGUACUAAGCAUCGAAGAGCACAGGUCCACACUAAGAGAUUUUGUGGAUAAACCUCUUCCAUUGUUACUCGUGGUUGUACUAACCCACGCAGCACAGUUGGUACCGGUUAUCACAUUUCCAUGUUAUUUGAAAAAUAAAGCCGUUUAUUUUGUUAAGAAAAAACCAGGCGCCAUUCCUAAAGAGGGAUGUUCGGCGAUGGUUAUCUUUGGUGACUUAGCACCAAGAUUAAUAGAUGAGUUAGCGGCACUCGUUGAUGAAGUCUUUGUUCCGAUGUUAUCAAAUCCAUCAAACCAUGAAGGCUGGCCUCGAGUCGUCUCUCAGGAUAUCCUGAAGCAGAUCCACAAUUUGAAAAGCACCGUUUACGAGGUUAAAGGUAAAGUAAGUGGACAGACAGUCCUACCGAUGCCGGUAGGCGUAGAACUUGUUCAUGAAGCUGAAAAAGAAAUGUUAUUGGGAAAAGAAGUUGACUUAUACUUAAAAAGCGCAAUCGAGGGUGUGGUCAUCAAGUGGGCUCAGCAAAUAAAUGAUGUGAUGAUGGAAGAUUCUGCACAAGCUUUUGAAAAUGGACAGAACCCGCAACCAAACGUCGAACUGGCGUUUUGGAGAUCAAGAUUAAGCAAUCUAAAUUACAUUUAUGAUCAAUUGCGAAUGGAAAGAGUUCGAUGCAUGGCCGUUAUAUUGGAAAAAACCAACUCUGCUUAUUAUCCAUGUUUUAGCCGUUUGUUCAAGAAUAUAGUGUCAGCUUUAGCAGAAGCUCGAGAAAUUGAUAUGUAUCUUCGGACUUUAGAAAAACAUUUUCAAGCCCUUGAUGACACAGAUUUUACGGAGUGUCAGCCUUUAUUCAGACCUUUAUUUCACGUAAUAUGCAUGGUAUGGCGUGACUCAAAGUAUUACUGCAGUUCGGCCAAGCUCAUGGUUUUGAUCAAACAAAUAUGCAAUUUGCUUAUAUUUCAGGCUAAAAAGUGUUUGGACCCAAGCACGCUGUUUCACAGUGAUAUAGACGAAGCGAGGCAACGAAUCCAAAUGACAAUUGACAUUCUUAAGAACUUCCGCCAUACGUUUGACUAUUUUAAAGAGAAUAUUCCAAAAUAUUUUGAAAAUCGAGCUAUACUCCUUUGGACAUUCCAUCCAAAUGUUGUAUUCGAGAGGAUGAACAAGUUUUUACAGCGCUUAAAUACAAUACAGUGGUUCUUCAAAACGGUACUAGAGUUUCAAAAGUUGGAGAAGAUAGAAAUCGGUGGUAUGAAAGGCAGAGUUUUAGGUGGUCAAAUAAGAGAUAUUUCUGGAGAAUUUGAAUCGUACUUCCAUAGCUUUGCGUCGAAGUCAUAUGACGUCUUAGACCCUGAUGAUGAAAGAUUUAAUGAAGACUUUAAAGAGUUUCAAGAUAAUAUUGUUGAUUUAGAUUUAAAGCUAUCUACUGUAUUGGUAGAAUCGUUUGAUAACUGCACUACUUUGGAAGCAAUAUUUAAGCUUAUUGAUAUAGUUGGAUCUGUAUUAGAAAGGCCUUUGAUUAAAAAUGAAUUUACCGCCAAGUAUGUUGAAAUCAUAGUGAUGUUGGAUAAAGAAUUAUCUAUUUGUGAAGAUUUAUUUAGAGAGCAAAGCAAUCGACAGCAGAAAUACGGUCAUAUGGAGGUGGACGCUUACUUUCCGCCCAUUGCAGGAGGACUUCUGUAUAUGACGAUGCUAGCUACAAGGAUAUCCAAGCCUAUAGCUAGCUUUCGCAAUUUGCCGCACCCGAUAAAAGGGUGCGGCGAUGCUGUCAAGCUAUUAGAUCUCAUGAAAGAAGUCCAUCAUCUGAGAUCGAAUCCAGAAAUUUCUAAAGACUUACCUCAUGAAAGUUUAGAAUUGUUUGAGAAGCAAGAAACAUAUCGUCAAUAUAGAAUAAACUUAGGAAUCACUACAGAUUGGUAUAAUCAAAUACACAGAAAUAGUCAAAAAGUAGAAUUUGAUUUAGUUGAAGACGAAAUAAAAGCAAUUGAUCAGAGAAUUGAAAUGGCGCAACACGAACUCAAUUGGAAUUCAAAUGACUUAUGGAAUUAUUUGCAAGAACUACAUAAAUUGGUAGGAAGUUUAUACGAUCGAAUGUCCAGAAUUCAAGAUAAUCUUAAAGAAAUAAAGGCUGUACUGAAGACUUGGUCAACACAACCGCUGUUUGAAAGGAAAGAAGGGAAAAAGGACACCUUGCUGAAUUUAGAAGAUCGUAAAGAACGAACAACUAAAAGAUAUAGCGACAUACAAACUAGUGCAGCAUGUAUUAAAACUCUCUUAGAUGAAAACAUGCACUUAUUUAGUAUGCAAGAAAGCCAGGAUAGCGUAAAAUGGCUUGCAUAUGUCGCUUUUAUUGAUGGCUUGAUUGAAGAGGCCUUGUUUAAAUCUAUUGCUUGCAGUAUGGGUUACAUAUCGGAACACAUGAAUCCUAAGAAUAAGUUGGCACCAUUAUUUGAAGCACAGUUGGAACUUUUAGAACCGGAUAUGGUGUUUUCUCCAACAUUAGAUUCCAAUGAUGAAAAGGGGUUUACCGCUCUCAUAGAUAACCUUAUAAAUGAUAUUUUAAAAAUGUCUACAUUAAUAGAAAGAAUCGAUAAACAGAAGACUGAGUCAUAUUAUGAACAGAUUAUAAAUCAUCACGAUGUAAUCGAAAUGAAAGAAGACAUAUUUGAUGGCAUUGAGCGGGUUAUAGACGAAGCAAACGAAUUUUGCAAAACAUUCGAAAACUAUUCCUACUUGUGGUUAGAAGAGCGAGACGCCAUAAUGGAAAUAUUCCUAGAAUAUGGAAGGAUACUAACACCAGACGAAAUAGAUAAAAUUGGUUCCGAAGACAAAGAUGUUCAACCGCCAGUCCCUUCUCCACCUAAAAUGGAAGCCUUCAGGGAACAAAUUGAUCACUAUGAAAAUUUGUAUAUGGACAUUGAAGAUAUGGAAUCCUAUAAAGUUUUUAAUUCGUGGUUUCAAGUGGAUAUAAGACCGUUCCGACAAGCAUUAUUGAACACCGUGAGAAAAUGGGGUAACAUGUACAAAGAACAUUUAGUUGAAAAUGUUACUUCAAGUUUGACAGAUUUGGGAAAUUUUAUACGUGAGGCAGAUGAAGGACUACUCCAACCUGUACCUGAAGGAGACUAUGAAGCUCUAGUUACUGUCAUGGGAUACUUAAUGAAUGUCAAAGAUCGUGCUGUAACUACAGAUGAUAUGUUUCAUCCACUCACUGAAACUAUUGAACUACUGAAAUUCUAUGACAUGGAUAUUCCAGAAGAAGUCAACGUGUUGUUACAAGAACUACCAGAACAGUGGCAAGCUUCAAAGAAACUGGCGCUCACGGUGAAGCAACAGGUGGCGCCAUUACAGGCCGCUGAAGUUGCCUGUAUACGGAAGAAAAUUACAACGUUUGAUUCCCAUGUUAUAUACUACCGGGAAGUGUUUAAGAAAUAUGAGUUUUUCAAAUACGAAUGCGAUGAUCCAUACGCCGUUAUGUCCAGAGUAGACAAGGAAAUGCUAUAUUUAGAGGAAGAAAUGAAGGGUAUACAAGAAUCAGGAUCCCUAUUCGAAGUGAAUGUACCAGAGUUUAAAUUAUUAAAACAAUGCAGGAAGGAGUUACGCAUGUUAAAACAACUUUGGGAUUACGUGUACAUUGUAAGGACAAGCAUAGAAGACUGGAAAACAACUCCAUGGCGGAAAAUCGAUGUGGAAAACAUGGAUAUUGAAUGUAAGAAGUUCGCUAAGGAAAUCCGUCUGCUGGAUAAGGAGAUGAGAAGUUGGGACACAUAUAUAAAUUUGGAAGCUACUGUUAAGAAUAUGCUUACGUCACUAAGGGCGGUGGGUGAGUUACAAAAUCCGGCUAUAAGGGAACGCCAUUGGGAUCAAUUAAUGAAAACGACAAAGAGCUUAGCUGCAUUGCCACCUGAACUCACAGUACGAAUAGUGAUGGAUACAAAUACAACAUUAGCAGACUUACUUGCCUUAAACCUACAUGAGUUUGAGGAAGAGGUGAAAAACAUUGUUGAUAAAGCUGUCAAGGAAAUGUCUAUGGAGAAGAUACUUAAAGAUCUCAACACAACAUGGAGUCAGAUGGAGUUUGAACAAGAGGUUCAUGCGAGGACUGGAUGUAUUUUAUUGAGAGCCAGUGAGGAGCUUAUCGAAACAUUAGAAGAGAAUCAGGUUCAAUUGCAAAAUUUGAUAACGUCCAAGUUCAUAGCGCACUUCUUAGAAGAAGUUUCAAGUUGGCAACAGAAACUAUCUAUAGCGGAUCAGGUUAUAACUGUUUGGUUUGAAGUACAAAGGACGUGGACUCAUUUAGAGAGUAUUUUUAUGAGUUCGGAGGAUAUAAGAAAACAGUUACCGGAAGAUUCUGAGAGAUUUGAUAGAAUUGAUACUGAAUUUAAGAUUUUGUCCAAAGACAUGUCCAAAACUCCAAACGUGGUGAAGGGCACAAAUAAAGAUGGUCUAGUAGCUACUUUGGAUAGUUUACAAAAGGACUUAAUAAUUUGUGAAAAGGCUUUAGCUGAAUACUUAGAAACUAAGAGAUUGGCAUUUCCUCGGUUUUAUUUUGUAUCAUCAGCAGACUUGCUCGAUAUUUUAUCUAACGGAAACCAGGCGGAACUGGUUAUAAGACAUUUGACGAAGCUGUUUGACUCGAUAGCAAAACUAAGGUUUGGUGAUAAUGACAAACCCGAAGAAAAAAUCGCGGCUGGAAUGAUAGCUAAAGAUGGUGAAUAUGUCCCAUUUCAUGGGUCGUGUGACUGUAGUGGUCCCGUGGAAAUAUGGCUCAACCGCUUACAAGACAUCAUGCGAUCAUCAAUUCGACAGUAUUUCAGCGAAGCAAUCGUAUCGUACGAAGAAAAACCGCGCGAACAAUGGCUGUUUGACUACAUGGCUCAGGUAUCCUUAUGCUGCUCUCAGAUUUGGUGGACCACUGAAGUUAAUUUAGCCUUCGCAAGACUUGAAGAAGGUUACGAUAAUGCACUCAAAGAUUAUUAUAAGAAGCAGUUGUCGCAACUGAGUACAUUGAUAACGUUGCUCAUAGGCGAACUUAGUAAACAGGAUCGACAGAAGAUCAUGACGAUUUGUACUAUUGAUGUCCAUUCUAGGGAUGUUGUUAGUAAAUUGAUUCAAGGGAAAGUUGAGGCUGGUUCGGCGUUUCAAUGGCAAUCACAACUUCGGCACAGAUGGGGCGACAAAGAACUACAUUGUUUCGCGAAUAUCUGUGAUGCCCAAUUCAAAUACAGUUAUGAAUAUUUAGGGAAUACACCUAGAUUGGUUAUAACCCCUCUAACUGAUCGUUGUUACAUUACAUUGACACAAUCUUUACAUUUAAUUAUGGGGGGAGGGCCCGCUGGCCCCGCUGGUACGGGCAAAACGGAGACGACAAAAGAUUUAGGACGAGCAUUGGGUAUAAUGGUGUAUGUGUUUAAUUGUUCCGAACAAAUGGAUUAUCAGUCGUGCGGUAAUAUUUAUAAAGGACUUGCUCAAACAGGAGCUUGGGGUUGUUUUGAUGAGUUUAAUAGAAUUUCAGUUGAGGUUCUAUCAGUUGUUGCUGUUCAAGUUAAAUCUGUUCAAGAUGCUAUCAGAGACAAAAAAGAAAAGUUUAACUUUAUGGGAGAAAUCAUUGUAUUGGUACCAUCGGUCGGUAUAUUCAUAACAAUGAAUCCAGGUUAUGCUGGAAGGACGGAACUUCCCGAAAACUUAAAAGCCCUAUUUAGACCAUGUGCCAUGGUUGUACCGGAUUUUGAGUUGAUUUGUGAAAUCAUGUUGGUCGCCGAAGGGUUUCAAGAAGCUAAAAUAUUAGCAAGGAAAUUCAUAACUCUGUAUACGUUGUGUAAAGAACUAUUGUCUAAACAAGAUCAUUAUGAUUGGGGUUUAAGGGCAAUUAAAUCCGUUUUAGUUGUAGCUGGUUCUUUGAAGAGAGGUGAUCCUGGUAGACCAGAAGAAGAGGUGUUAAUGAGGACAUUACGUGACUUUAAUAUUCCUAAAAUAGUCACAGACGAUAUGCCUGUUUUCAUGGGCCUAAUUGGUGACCUAUUUCCUGCUCUUGAAGUACCAAGAAAAAGAGAUUUAGAAUUUGAGAGAACUGUCAAACAAGCUGCCAUGGACUUGUUGCUUCAACCUGAAGAUAACUUUAUACUUAAGGUCGUGCAAUUGGAGGAACUACUAGAAGUCCGCCAUUCCGUCUUCAUCGUUGGUAAUGCCGGAACUGGUAAAACACAAGUUUGGAAAACUCUAUACAAGACAUACCAGAAUCUCAAAAAGAAACCAAUCUAUACCGACCUUAAUCCUAAGGCUGUGACAAACGACGAGCUUUUCGGCAUUAUUAAUCCUGCAACAAGAGAAUGGAAAGAUGGUUUAUUUUCAGUGAUAAUGAGAGAUCAAGCAAAUAUUGUUGGAGAAAAUCCUAAGUGGAUUGUCUUAGAUGGAGACAUCGAUCCAAUGUGGAUAGAAUCGUUAAAUACUGUAAUGGAUGAUAAUAAAAUUCUCACACUGGCUAGUAAUGAGAGAAUAGCGUUAACACCAAGCAUGCGUCUAAUGUUUGAGAUAUCAAAUUUGCGCACAGCUACUCCCGCUACGGUAUCUCGAGCCGGGAUUUUAUAUAUUAAUCCACAGGAUUUGGGAUGGAAUCCCUAUGUUACCAGUUGGAUAGAAACACGCAAGAUACCAGCGGAAAAAUCGAACUUGGUUAUACUCUGUGACAAAUACAUACCGCCGUGCUUAGAAACUGUCAGGACUCGAUUCAAGAAGAUAACGCCGAUUGCAGAUAUGGCGCAUAUACAAAUGUUAUGCCAUUUACUGGAUUGUUUGCUUGUACCUGAGAAUACACCCGCUGAUUGUUCGAAAGACUGGCAUGACAUUUUCUUUGUCUUUGCGUGUGUCUGGGCGUUUGGUUCCGCGAUGUUCCAGGAUACCAAUGUUGACUACAGAGUUGAAUUUUCUAAAUGGUGGCUAAACGAAUUCAAAACUGUGAAAUUUCCACCUGGAGGAACUGUAUUUGACUACUACAUUGACCACGAUACAAAACAGUUCACUCCAUGGACAGAAAAGAUAACAAAGUUUGAGCUGGAUUCUGACAUCCCGUUGCAAGCCGUACUGGUGCCUACUGCUGACACAAUACGAGUUCGAUUUUUCUUGGACUUGCUAAUGAAAAACAAACAUCCAGUCAUGUUAGUUGGGGGAGCUGGCUGUGGAAAAACUGUUCUUGUGAACGAAAAAUUGCAAAGCCUUCCAGAAACUUAUGCAAUCCAAUCAAUCCCUUUCAACUUCUACACUACAUCGGAAAUGCUCCAGAAAAUUCUCGAGAAGCCGUUGGAAAAGAAAGCGGGCCGAAACUACGGACCGCCAGGGAACAAAACGCUCAUAUACUUUAUAGACGACAUGAAUAUGCCAGAAGUUGAUGCUUACGGCACAGUACAGCCGCAUACAAUAAUCCGCCAACAUUUAGACUAUAACCAUUGGUAUGACCGAACCAAACUGACUCUUAAAGAUAUCCACAACACACAAUAUGUAUCGUGUAUGAAUCCUACAUCUGGAAGCUUCACUAUUAACCCGAGGCUUCAGCGGCAUUUCUGCGUGUUUGCUAUAAGCUUCCCCAAUUCUGAAUCGCUUAACAACAUUUACCAUUCCAUAUUAAGUCAGCACCUGGCUAACCCUGAGUUGAGAAUUAUUGCCCAGAUUGGUAAACUUUCAGCAAAUGUCGUCAGCGCCACUAUUGCUCUUCACAAUAAAGUAUCACAAGUGUUUCUGCCUACCGCCAUUAAGUUUCACUACAUUUUCAAUCUAAGGGAUUUAUCCAAUGUGUUUCAGGGCUUUCUCUUUAGUACCAAUGAAUGUCUGGUGAAUCCCUCGGAUAUUAUUAGAUUGUGGCUCCACGAAACACACCGAGUGUAUGGAGAUAAACUUACAGAAGAUAAGGAUAUUGAUGCGUUUCUAAAAAUGCAAGUGGAUUUAUGUAAGAAGAACUUUGAGGAUAUAGAUGAAGGAGUAGUAUUUGAACGUCCGAAUAUAUACUGUCACUUUGCGGGCGGAAUCGGAGAGCCAAAAUAUAUGCCGAUAGCAACUUGGACUCAGUUGAAUAAGUUAUUAACAGAAGCCUUGUCGAGUUACAAUGACCUUAUUGCAGCUAUGAAUCUCGUUUUGUUCGAAGAUGCUAUGAUGCACAUUUGCAGAAUAAGCCGAAUAUUAGAGAGUCCUAGAGGAAGUGCAUUGCUAGUUGGAGUAGGAGGAUCAGGGAAACAGUCCUUGUCGCGAUUAGCGGCUUUUAUUGCCAGCCUUGAAGUUUUCCAAAUACAGCUGAAGAAAGGAUAUGGUGUUUCGGAUUUAAAGCAUGAACUGUCAGGAUUGUAUAUAAAAACUGGUCUGAAAAACGUUGGCAUUAUGUUUUUAAUGACGGACGCUCAAGUAGCGAACGAACAAUUUCUGGUACUCAUAAAUGAUUUAUUGGCAUCCGGAGAAGUAGGAGACCUGUUCCCUGACGAUGAAAUCGAAAACAUAAUUGCUGGUGUGCGAAAUGAGGUUAAAGGUGCAGGCCUCCCCGACACGAGAGAAAUCUGUUGGAAAUUCUUCAUAGACAGAGUAAGAAAGCAGCUGAAAGUGGUGCUUUGCUUCUCACCCGUGGGUUCUACUCUGCGAGUGAGGUCCAGAAAGUUCCCGGCUUUGAUUAACUGCACAUCUAUCAACUGGUUCCAUGAAUGGCCUCAAGAAGCCUUGGUCUCUGUGUCUAUGCGAUUUUUGGAGGAAUUACACGUACUACCUAUAACGUUACGUGAUUCAGUGUCACGAUUUAUGGCGUAUGUACACACGUCGGUGAACACGAUAUCUAAAGCAUAUCUAUCGAACGAAAGACGGUACAACUAUACUACGCCGAAGAGUUAUCUGGAACAGAUAAGUCUCUACUCAAAAUUGGUCAAUCAGAAAACCGAUGAGCUUCGAGCAAAAAUAUCUAGGUUAGAAAACGGUUUAGAAAGACUUCGUGGUACAGCAUCGCAAGUAGAUCAACUAAAAGCAAAGUUAGCAGUACAAGAAAUAGAAUUGCAACAGAAAAAUGAAGCCGCUGAUAAACUUAUUGAAAUGGUCGGGGUUGAAACUGCUAAGGUUCAGAGUGAAAAGGCACUGGCCGAUGAGGAGGAAGAAAAAGUAGCAGUUAUUGCUGAAGAAGUAUCCAAAAAGCAAAAAGAUUGUGAAGAAGACCUUAUCAAAGCUGAACCAGCUCUUGUAGCUGCACAAGAAGCGUUGAAUACAUUAAACAAAGCAAAUCUCACUGAACUGAAAUCGUUUGGGUCGCCACCGGGGGCCGUGACAAAUGUUACGGCAGCAGUCAUGGUGCUUUUGGCACCAGGAGGAAAGAUACCUAAAGACAGAAGUUGGAAAUCUGCUAAGAUGAUGAUGGCGAAAGUAGAUAUGUUUUUGGAGUCAUUAAUACACUACGAUAAAGAAAACAUACACCCUGAUGUCAUAAAGGCCAUUCAGCCCUAUUUAAAGGACUCUGAAUUUGAACCGGAAUUUGUGAGAUCUAAAUCGGCAGCUGCAGCCGGUCUAUGUGCGUGGGUGAUAAACAUAAUCAAAUUCUACGAAGUAUUCUGUGACGUUGAACCUAAACGAAAAGCAUUAGCCGCUGCAAACGCUGAAUUAGCCGCAGCCACCGAAAAGUUAAAAUCUAUUAAAUCCAAAGUUGCUUCUCUCGAAGAACAAUUAGCAACGCUCACGGCAGAUUUUGAAAAGGCAACCGCUGAGAAGGUGAAAUGUCAACAGGAAGCUGAUGCGACGACUAGAACUAUUCAAUUGGCAAAUAGACUUGUUAAUGGUCUCGCUAGUGAAAACGUUAGAUGGGCGGAAGCUGUUUUUAAUUUUAUGCAACAAAGCACGACGCUGCCUGGUGAUGUGCUUUUAGUCUGUGCAUUUAUUUCAUACGUGGGCUGUUUCACUAAGCUCUACAGAUUGGAUUUGUUGCAUAAGAAUUGGUUACCAUUCUUGAAGACAUUAGAGCCUCCAAUACCAAUAACAGAAGGCCUCGAUCCCCUAACAAUGUUGACUGAUGACACAACUAUAGCUAUGUGGCAAAAUGAAGGCCUACCUUCAGACAGAAUGAGCACAGAGAAUGCAACAAUAUUGUCAAAUUCAGAUCGAUGGCCGCUUAUGAUUGACCCACAGUUACAAGGAGUAAAAUGGAUAAAACAAAAAUAUGGUGACGGUUUGCGAGUUAUACGUUUAGGCCAGAAAGGGUACUUAGAUACAAUCGAAAAGGCUAUCAUCAAAGGGGAAACUGUUUUAUUGGAAAACAUAGGAGAAACUGUGGACCCGGUCUUAGAUCCGCUUUUGGGAAGAAACUUAAUCAAGAAAGGAAGAGCGAUAAAAAUCGGUGAUAAAGAAGUUGAAUAUAGUCCUAACUUCAGAUUAAUUUUGCACACAAAACUUGCAAAUCCGCAUUAUAAACCGGAAAUGCAAGCGCAAACAACACUAGUGAACUUUACCGUGACACGAGAUGGUCUAGAAGACCAACUUCUUGCUGAAGUCGUCAAAGCCGAAAGACCGGACCUAGAAGAACUUAAAGCGGAGCUGACGAAGCAACAAAAUGAGUUUAAAAUACAGUUAAAGAAGCUAGAAGAUGACCUGCUUUCGAGACUCUCGUCGGCUGGUGAGAAUAUUCUUGGUGAUACAGCUCUGAUAGAGAAUUUGGAGACGACCAAGAAGACGGCAGCAGAUAUUGAAAAAAAGGUUUCUGAAGCGAAGGUGACGUCACACCAAAUAGAUCAAGCGAGAGAGUUCUAUCGUCCGGCUGCUGCGCGUGCGUCGCUUUUAUAUUUCAUUUUGAAUGACUUGAAUACUAUAAAUCCAAUUUAUCAAUUCUCUUUAAAGGCAUUUAGUGUUGUCUUCCAAAAAGCUAUAUCAAAGGCCGAAGAGAGUGAUGAAGUGAGCCAACGAAUUAAAAAUCUUAUUGAUUGCAUUUCGUAUUCAGUAUUUCAAUAUACAUCGCGGGGGCUUUUUGAAUGUGACAAGCUAAUAUUUGCAUCGCAAAUGACUUUCCAGGUUCUCCUGAUGAGUGAAGAAAUCUCACCAGCAGAAUUAGAUUUCUUCCUUCGAUUCCCAAUCAAACCUCACGUCACCAGCCCAGUUGACUUCCUCUCAAAUCAAAGUUGGGGUGGCAUUUGUUCCUUGGCGAGUAAAGAUGAAUUCCGCAAUCUCGAUAGAGAUAUAGAAACGUCACCUAAAAGAUGGAAGAAGAUUGUGGAAAUGGAGUGUCCUGAAAGGGAGAAAUUUCCACAGGAAUGGAAAAAUAAAACUGCUCUGCAACGACUGUGCAUGAUUAGAGCAUUGCGUCCUGAUAGAAUGACUUACGCCGUUGCAACAUAUAUAGAAGAAAAGAUGGGAUCUAAAUACGUUGAAAAUAGAACUGUUGAAUUUAGUAAAUCAUUUGAGGAGACUAGCCCAACCACGCCUAUAUUCUUCAUUUUGUCACCCGGCGUGAAUCCUCUUAAAGACGUGGAAGCGUUAGGAAAAGCUAUGGGCUUUACCACUGAUGGUGGGAACUUUCAUAAUGUCUCUUUGGGUCAGGGGCAGGAAGUUGUUGCCGAGCAAGCAAUGGACGAAGCGUUUAAGAAAGGACAUUGGGUUGUUUUGCAGAAUAUACAUUUGGUUAAAAAAUGGUUGCCAAGUCUGGAAAAGAAAAUGGAGAGUUUUGCGCUCGGUUGCCAUCCUGAGUUUAGGCUUUUUAUGUCCGCUGAACCCGCUGCUACAGCCGCUGCUCAUAUUAUUCCGCAAGGAAUACUGGAAUCCAGUAUUAAGAUUACGAAUGAACCGCCUACUGGGAUGCAGGCUAACCUCCAUAAAGCAUUAGACAAUUUCAAUCAAGAGACACUCGAGAUGUGUGGGAAGGAAGCUGAGUUUAAAGCGAUAUUAAUCGCGUUGUGUUAUUUCCACGCGGUCGUUGCUGAACGAAGGAAAUUUGGGCCGCAGGGAUGGAAUAAAAUUUACCCAUUCAAUGUUGGUGACCUCACCAUUAGCGUUUUUGUCUUGUACAAUUAUUUGGAAGCGAAUUCCAAAGUGCCCUGGGAAGAUUUACGAUACCUCUUUGGCGAGAUUAUGUAUGGCGGACAUAUUACUGAUGAUUGGGAUAGGAGGCUAUGCAAUGCUUACUUAGAGGAACUUAUGCAACCUGAUUUGGUUGACGGAGAACUGCAAUUAGCUCCAGGUUUUCCAGCUCCUCCCAACACCGACUAUGCUGGUUACCACCAGUAUAUAGAAGAUGCUAUGCCAGCGGAAUCCCCCUAUCUAUACGGCUUACAUCCAAACGCUGAAAUUGGCUUCUUAACCACCACUUCUGAAAAUCUAUUUAGAACCAUUUUUGAAAUGCAGCCCAGGGAUGCUCAAGCAUCAGGUGCUACUACAGUCACUCGGGAAGACAAGGUGAAGCAAAUGCUGGAUGAGAUAGUAGAGAAGUUGCCGGAGGAGUUCAAUAUGGUAGAGAUUAUGGGGAAGGUGGAGGAAAGGACUCCGUACGUGAUUGUGGCCUUCCAGGAGUGUGAGAGGAUGAACUAUUUGACUGGAGAAAUGAAACGAUCGUUGAGGGAACUGGAUUUGGGGUUAAAGGGCGAACUUACAAUUACAUCAGAUAUGGAAGAAUUAGAAAAUGCGCUAUUUUUGGAUCAGGUACCAUUAAUCUGGGCCAGUCGGGCAUAUCCCUCGCUCCUGGGUUUGUCUGCGUGGUUUGUAGACUUACUCCUACGGCUUCGGGAAUUAGAAACUUGGGCAACAGAUUUCGUGCUACCGACAUCGGUGUGGCUGGGUGGCUUCUUCAACCCACAAAGUCUUCUUACAGCAAUAAUGCAAAGCACUGCUCGUCGUUAUGAACUCCCCUUGGACAAGAUGUGUUUGCAGUGUGACGUCACUAAGAAGAUGAAGGAGGAUUUCACUAUAGCAGACUCGCGCUCCGCCCCCCGCGAUGGCGCUUACGUACACGGCCUAUUGAUGGAAGGUGCACGUUGGGACACACAGGCCGGUAUCAUCAUGGACUCCCGUCUUAAGGAUCUCUUUCCACCCAUGCCUGUUAUUAAUGUUAGGGCAAUAACACAAGAUAAGCAAGAUCUUCGCAAUAUGUACGAAUGUCCCGUAUAUAAGACGCGGACUCGCGGUCCCACAUAUGUAUGGACAUUCAACUUGAAAACUAAGGACAAGCCAGCCAAAUGGACACUGGCUGGGGUAGCUUUGCUACUACAAAUAUAGACUUAUCAGUCUUACCAUCAGAGGUGGUACUCUGCAACUUCUCAUAGCGACAGCAAUCUCUAAUAUAAUACAAAAAAAAAAAUACACGCACUAAUCAACUUGGCACCUGC